AAAUUUUCAGUGAGCAUUUGAGUGUCCGAACGAACGAACGUCUUCUUCCGAGGAAAAUUCCACACGAGAACCACCCCUUUGUGACUGUGACUGACGGACUGUGUGUGUUUGUGUUCGCUUUUGGGGCCCUUUUUGGUGUGAAUCAUUUUGUGAAUCAAGUUGGCCAGGAGGAAAUUCGUUGUUUUAAUUACUGCCGCGAGCGAAAAGCACGGAGGGAAAUUAGCAACGACGGCAAGAAGGAUGUAAUUAUAAUCGCUCCCGGUCUACCAUUAUUGUAAUGCACCAAUCCGCAAAACGCAGACGAAGAAGAAGAACAAAAGUGGAACCGACUUUUCGACGUCGUCGGUGAAUCAUUGAUGAGGACCUAAGUGAGAAAGCUCCCGCCCAAACAAAAGAAGACGAAAAAGAAGAAGAAAAAUUCACCCUCGAAAGAAGCCUAAGAACAAGAAGAAAAAACGCCUAAUUGCCAUCGCGAUGAAGAAGAUUCCGCCCACCUCGGGCGAGACGCUGCGAGCGUGGCUGUUGUCGGCCCUCGUGGUCCACGGAGCGGUCGCCGGUAAUCCGGACGCGAAACGCCUCUACGACGACCUGCUCAGCAACUACAACAAGCUGGUCCGGCCCGUGGUGAACACGUCGGACGUGCUACGGGUCUGCAUCAAGCUCAAGCUGUCCCAGCUGAUCGAUGUGAACCUUAAAAAUCAAAUUAUGACCACAAACCUUUGGGUCGAACAGUCCUGGUACGACUACAAGCUACGCUGGGAGCCGAAGGAGUACGGGGGCGUGCAGAUGCUGCACGUCCCGUCCGACCACAUCUGGCGCCCGGACAUUGUGCUGUACAACAAUGCUGACGGUCAUUAUGAAGUAACGCUAAUGACUAAAGCAACAGUUUAUAAUACUGGUCUAGUAAUUUGGCAGCCACCUGCAGUGUACAAAUCGUCGUGUUCAAUCGAUGUUGAAUAUUUUCCAUACGACGUACAAACGUGUGUCUUAAAGCUAGGAAGCUGGACCUAUGACGGGUUUAAGGUUGACCUGCGGCACAUGGACGAGCAAACGGGCAGCAAUAUCGUGAACGUCGGCGUAGAUCUGUCCGAGUUUUACAUGUCCGUAGAGUGGGACAUCCUGGAAGUGCCGGCCGUGAGAAACGAAAAGUUCUACACCUGUUGCGACGAGCCCUACCUGGACAUUACGUUCAACAUUACGAUGCGGCGGAAAACGCUCUUCUACACGGUCAACAUCAUAAUCCCGUGCAUGGGCAUCUCGUUUCUGACCGUGCUCACGUUCUACCUGCCGUCGGACAGUGGCGAGAAGGUCACGCUAUCCAUCUCGAUCCUGAUUAGUCUCCACGUGUUCUUCCUCCUGGUCGUCGAAAUCAUUCCGCCAACGUCCCUAGUCGUGCCUUUGCUGGGAAAAUAUUUGAUAUUUGCUAUGAUCCUGGUUUCGAUAAGUAUAUGCGUCACGGUGGUGGUUCUGAAUGUCCACUUCCGGUCACCGCAGACGCACCGAAUGGCACCGUGGGUCAAAUCGGUUUUCAUCGAUUUUCUACCCCGAUUUCUGUUCCUGAAGCGACCGAACUACAUCGAAAAUCACAGAAAAUUGUUACCAAAAGAACCACACGCUUGCUUUUAUCCUUAUUAUUCGACCACCACAUUAAAUCGCGUAGCUCGUUUUCAUAAUAGGACAUCAUCAAACGAUGAUCUAUCUCCGCUAAGCCUGUCAGGAACGGGCCCGUUCGGCGGCAGCUGCCAGAUUCACGGUCCCGCCCUCGGGAUGCCGCACUCCGAGUCGGAGGAGCUGUCGCUGUCGACGGCGGCCGACACGGCCGUCCCGUCCGGCAUCAAGAGUCCCGUGCUCAAGCAUCCGCCCUUUUCGCACUCGAGCUGCCCGGUGGAGAUGCACCGGAGCUGCUUCUGCGUGCGGUUCAUCGCGGAACACACCAAAAUGCUCGAGGACUCGACGAAGGUCAAGGAGGACUGGAAGUACGUGGCCAUGGUGCUGGACCGGCUGUUCCUGUGGAUCUUCACGCUGGCCGUGGUGGCCGGGACGGCCGGCAUCAUCCUGCAGGCGCCGACGCUGUACGACGACCGAAUACCGAUCGACAAAACGUUCGACGACUUUGCCACCUCGACCGUGGUCCGUUGCCCGCCGCAAUAGCAGCCUGCAGGGCUGGUGGUUUGCGGCCUGCUGGCGGCUAUUGUUUUCGUGUGCGCCGUCGGAAUGAGUGCCUGCGUUGUGAUGUACGAGAAGACGCUGGUGGUUCGCGGCAGGUUCUUUUGAGCUGUUCUGGUUUUUUUGAGUUUGGCUCUCUCACUUUCUCUCUGCAGCUGAUUUGCUCAAUAACACACACACACUACCGUUACUGAUUUGUGAUCAAAGUUUGAAGGUUUAGCGCGCAUCAGCACGAACGCUAGUAUGGCCGGCGGGUGAGUUCACGCUGAGCUCUGGUAUGGCACGAUUGGUUCGCGAGGCGGUUUAGGUUUCAAACGUCAAACUGCCUGUUUGAGCGCAACGGCGUUGUCAAUUUGAAGCGGAUUUACUGUGUUUACUGCUGUAGUGUUGGACUACACAAUGAAUUGUAUUGAAUACGGGUAUCAUCGCGAGAAAAGAUUGCAAUUAUCGACACACAGACACAUUUUUUAACCAUAUUCAAUGGCCCCUCCGUAACACUAUAGUGAAGUCCCCCUCCCUUUACGAUUGCAUGAGGUAGCAAUUUUCAUCGUAGUCGAAAUUUUUAACAAAGAUGUUUUAAUCAGAGUAGCAGAAUCCCGUUGCAAAAAGAAUACGCACAACGCACCAAAUUCAGUGCGCUUCGCGCCAUUGUAGUAAAUUUCAACCGAAAAAAUAGUUAGACCGAGAACUUUUAGCCCUUCUCGCCGUCUGGUGAUGUCUUUAUGCAAUAAAGUAGUUUGCAAAGAAAAAAAAAGAAGUUAGUUUUCGCUAAACCGCGACUAAUCUAUACAUCGAAUGAUUUAAAAUCGACAUUUAAUGUUUCACAGACAAGCGGAUCGCCCGUUUAUGCUCAAAAAAUAUAUACUUUGCCGUAGCUGUGUUAGACUAAAUGUGUUGUUGACUUUGCCAAGCUGGUCAUGUUUUUCGCAACUCAGAAUAGAGCAAACAAAAAUAAUCCUAUUGGUUUAGCUGCCACCAUUUUUUUUGUCCUGUACUGCGAAUGACUGAGAAACGAAUGUCAGCGAAUCCGCGCGCGACUCAAAAGUAAUGAAUUUUACACACACUCACAACGGUGUGACACAACACAGAGUACACACAUUCUGUUUAAUACCGUGCGUCCAACAGCUUUUAAUCAAAUAUGUUUUAGGGUACGUAUUGUAGGGAAAAAGGCAAAAAAAAAAGAAAACUCUAUUAUCUAAUAAUAACAUUGAUAGUUAACAUCUAAUGUAAGUCGUACAGAACAAAAAAAAAGAAGAAAAAAAAGUCCCGAUCGGGUUGGGACUACCAGCAAGAGCAACAUUCAUAAAACUGAAAACCAAAAUACAAACAAUAAAUUAUAUAUAUGUAAUACUCGAAUGUGAAACAAUUACCGUGGCUCACGGUUCUCUCUCAUGAGAUCAAUAUCAGCGCGCAAGCAGCAACACUUAGUUGACCGUUUUUGUAUUCGUUUAUAAGUGUUAGGUUGUCCCAAGUUUUACAGGAGAGAAUGUAUACAAUUACUAUAAUUUUUGUACACGAGUAUUGUCGACGUUUCCCAUUUCGAGAAACUUUAAACGUAGUUAUAAAAAGCUAGUUAAACCAAACAAACUUUGUAAAGACAUUAAUUUUCUUCCAUUUUCUGUCUUCAAACAUUACUACAUUUUACUCUUUUUAUUAAAAUUAAUACUGCCAUUUCACAGUGUGACAAAAAACAAAAGAGCGUCACACUUCUCACAGUAGAAAUAUCUGUCCCUUAGCCCUUAAUUUCAAAGAAAGUUCAUGUUUAGCGAAAAUGAUUGUGUGGCUAUCCCGAAACUCCGAAGAUAUUCCUAAAAACCAGCAUGAGAGUGUAACAUGUCAUCGGCCAAGACAGCAAAAAAACAUGUUAACAAAAAACACAAACCGUAGCAAACUAGGGUUAAAUAUAUUAUAUAUAUUAGAAAAAAAGCAAACAUUUAUAAAAUGAAAACAAAAGGUAACAAAACGAGAACAUCAGCACACCACACAAAAAAAAACACACAAAAUCACGCUCAUACAAGUAAUAAAAAAUAUAUAUUAUAAAAAAGGGAAAAUUU